CGCUCGGCUCAGCUCCGCUCGGCGCAGCGGGGAGGCUGCAAAGUUGAGAGCGGCUGUCGGGAAGUUCCGUAGCAUGGCGGAGCGGCCCGGGCUGAGGCGGCGCGGAGGGGCGGAGGGCGAACGGCCGCUCUGAGCCGAGCCGUCGGGGAAGCGGCCGCCGGCAUGGCCCGCUGGAUCCCCACCAAGCGGGAGAAGUACGGGGUCGCAAUCUACAACUAUGAUGCUGUCCAAGAUGUGGAGCUCUCCCUGCAGGUCGGUGACACUGUUCACAUUUUGGAGAUGUACGAAGGCUGGUACCGAGGAUACACGCUCCGCAAUAAAUCAAAGAAGGGCAUUUUCCCAGAAACGUAUAUCCACUUAAAAGAGGCAACUGUGAAGGACCGGGGACAACAUGAAACAGUGAUUCCGGGUGAAUUGCCACUUGGUCAAGAGCUUACUUCCACCCUGAGGGAGUGGGCAGUUAUCUGGCACAAGUUAUAUGUGGAUAACAAAACAACACAGUUUCGUCAUGUCCAACAGUUGACUUACAGCCUGAUAGAGUGGAGAUCACAGAUACUAUCUGGGACUCUUCCCAAAGAUGAGCUGGCUGAACUCAAGAAGAAAGUCACUGCUAAAAUUGACUAUGGCAACAGGAUCCUGGGUUUGGACCUGGUUGUACGAGAUGACAAUGGGAACAUUUUGGACCCAGAUGAAACCAGCACAAUCUCUCUUUUCAAGGCCCAUGAAACUGCAUCCAAAAGGAUUGAUGAAAGAAUCCAGGAAGAAAAGUCCCUGCAACAGAAUUUGGAACUCCGAGGGCAGCCAAUAUUUAACACAACACACACUUACAGCCUCUAUGUAAACUUCAAGAAUUUUGUCUGUAAUAUUGGAGAAGAUGCAGAGCUCUUAAUGAGCCUCUAUGACCCUGACCUCUCCAAAUUCAUCAGUGAAAAUUACCUUGUUCGUUGGGGCAGUAAUGGGAUGCCUAAGGAAAUUGAGAAGCUAAAUAACCUUCAAGCAGUCUUUACUGAUUUAAGCAGUUCGGAUUUGAUCAGGCCGAAAAUCAGCUUGGUGUGUCAGAUUGUGAGAGUGGGGCAUAUGGAGCUGAAAGAUGGGAAGAAACACACGUGUGGACUCCGGAGGCCCUUUGGUGUGGCAGUGAUGGACAUAACAGAUAUCAUACAUGGGAAGGUGGACGAUGAGGAAAAGCAACAUUUUAUUCCAUUUCAGCAGAUUGCCAUGGAAACAUACAUCAGACAGCGACAGCUAAUUAUGUCCCCGCUGAUAACUUCCCAUGUGAUUGGAGAAAAUGAGCCCCUCACUUCUGUCUUCAACAAAGUCAUCGCUGCAAAGGAAGUGAAUCAUAAAGGGCAAGGUCUGUGGGUCUCCCUGAAGCUGCUUCCUGGUGACCUAGCACAAGUUCAGAAGGAUUUUUCCCACCUUGUAGACAGAUCCACUGCUGUGGCUCGCAAAAUGGGAUUUCCUGAGAUAAUUCUUCCUGGUGAUGUUCGAAAUGAUAUCUAUGUCACUCUGAUACAAGGAGAGUUUGACAAAGGGAAGAAGAAGACUCCUAAGAAUGUAGAAGUCACCAUGUCUGUACAUGACGAGGAUGGCAAUCUCCAAGAGAAAGCUAUCCAUCCUGGUGCUGGUUACGAAGGUGUCUCUGAGUAUAAGUCUGUUGUUUAUUAUCAAGUCAAGCAACCAUACUGGUAUGAAACUGUAAAGGUAUCCAUUGCAAUAGAGGAAGUCAGUCGUUGCCACUUAAGAUUCACUUUUCGUCAUCGAUCAUCGCAGGAAUCAAGGGAUAAGUCUGAGAGAGCUUUUGGCAUGGGCUUUGUGAAACUGAUGAAUGCAGACGGAACAACGCUACAGGAUGGCAAACACAACUUGAUUAUUUAUAAGGGUGAUAACAAGAAAAUGGAAGAUGCAAAGUGCUAUUUGACUCUUCCUUAUACAAAAGUGGAAAUGGAGGAGAAGGAGACCCCCUCAGGGAAGAGUCUGCACCAUCUAGCCAACUUUACACCCAACAAAGACAGUACAAAAGACAGCUUCCAGAUAGCCACUUUAAUCUGCUCUACCAAACUCACCCAGAAUGUUGACCUGCUGGGUUUGUUGAACUGGCGUUCCAACUCUCAGAACAUUGCCCACAACCUCAGGAAGUUAAUGGAGGUGGAAGGAGGAGAAAUUGUAAAGUUUUUGCAAGACACUCUUGAUGCACUUUUCAACAUAAUGAUGGAAAUGUCAGAAAAUGAAACCUAUGACUUCCUUGUGUUUGAUGCACUGGUAUUUAUUAUUUCUUUGAUUGGAGACAUAAAGUUCCAGCAUUUCAACCCUGUACUUGAAACUUACAUUUACAAACACUUCAGUGCAACUCUCGCAUACGUGAAACUCACUAAAGUGCUGAACUGUUACGUGGGAAAUGCUGAUGACUCCAGCAAGACAGAAUUGCUGUUUGCUGCUCUGAAAGCCUUGAAAUACCUCUUCCGAUUCAUCGUUCAGUCGAGAAUAUUGUACCUGAGGUUUUAUGGGAAAAGUGAAGAUGGUGAUGAAUUUAAUGAUGCAAUACGCAAGCUGUUCUUCUCCUUCAAUGUCCUCAUGGACCGUCCUUUAGAGGAGGCUGUCAAGAUUAAGGGUGCAGCUUUAAAGUAUUUGCCAAGCAUCAUCAAUGAUGUCAAACUAGUCUUUGACCCUGUUCAACUCAGCAACCUCUUCGGCAACUUCAUCCAGAGUAUUCCUGACAACCAGUUGGUUCGACAGAAGCUGAACUGCAUGACCAAGAUUGUUGAGAGUGACCUGUUUAAGCAGCCUGAAUGCAGAGAUGCUCUUCUCCCUCUGCUGAUAGACCAGCUGAGCGGCCAGUUGGAUGACAACUCAAACAAGCCCGACCACGAGGCCAGCUCACAGCUACUGAGCAGCAUUCUGGAAGUGCUGGAUAGGAAAGAUGUGGGGCCCACAGCCAAGCACAUCCAGCAGAUCAUGGAACGCCUGCUGAGGAGAAUCAACCGCACGGUGAUAGGAAUGAACAGACAGUCUCCACACAUUGGUAUUUUUGUGGCCUGCAUGACAGCCAUCCUGAGGCAGAUGGAUGACUACCACUACAACCAUUACAUCAAUACUUUCAAAACCAGGCAGGACAUUAUUAGUGAUGAGAAUGCAUUCAUCAGCAAUGACUUCUGUGUUCCUAGAGCUACAGCCAGUGGGGAUAUUUUCACAUCACCGCUGCUGGACGUGAGCAGUUGGGACUUCCUGAUGGAAACAUUCAUUAUGUUUAAGGACUUGAUUGGAAAAAACGUCUAUGCAUCUGACUGGAUGGUCAUGAACAUGAUGCAGAGCAGGGUUUUCCUUCGGGCAGUGAACCAGUUUACCUCUGUGCUCAACCGCUUCUUCCUGGAUCAAACAAAUUUUGAACUCCAGCUCUGGAAUAACUAUUUCCAUUUGGCAGUGGCCUUUCUCACUCACGAAUCCCUCCAGCUGGAGACCUUCUCACAAGCCAAGCGCAGCAAAAUUAUCAAGAAGUACGGGGACAUGAGGAAAGAAAUUGGCUUCAAAAUAAGGGAUAUGUGGUAUAAUCUGGGUCCCCACAAAAUAAAGUUCAUUCCAGCAAUGGUGGGGCCAAUCCUGGAGGUAACUUUGGUCCCAGAGCCUGAGCUGCGGAAAGCUACCAUUCCCAUCUUCUUUGAUAUGAUGCAGUGCGAGUACAACUUCAGUGGGAACAGAAACUUUCAUAUGUUUGAAAACGAGUUAAUAACCAGACUGGACCAGGAAGUUGAGGGCGGCCGAGGGGAUGAACAGUACAAAAUUUUGCUGGAGAAACUCCUCCUGGAGCACUGUCGGAAGCAUAAAUAUCUCUCUGCUUCUGGAGAAAAGUUUGCUUGGCUGGUCAGCAGCUUGUUGGAGAACCUGCUGGACUACAGAACAAUCAUGCAUGAUGAAAGCAAGGAGAACCGCAUGAGCUGCACUGUCAACGUGCUGAAUUUUUACAAAGAGAAGAAACGAGAGGACAUUUAUAUCAGAUACCUGUAUAAACUCCGGGAUCUGCACACGGACUGUGAGAACUUCACUGAGGCCGCAAACACCCUCCUCCUCCAUGCAGAGCUGCUCCAGUGGUCUGAGAAGCCAUGUGUCCCUCAUCUGCUGCAGAGGGACAGCUACUACGUCUACUCACAACAGGAACUGAAGGAGAAGCUCUACCAAGAAAUUAUCUCCUUCUUUGACAGGGGCAAGAUGUGGGAAAAAGCCAUUCAGCUAAGCAAAGAGUUGGCUGACAUGUAUGAAAACAAGGUUUUCGAUUACGAGGGACUCAGUAAUGUCUUGAAAAAACGAGCUACUUUUUAUGAAAACAUUAUGAAGGCAAUGAGACCUCAACCAGAGUACUUUGCAGUUGGAUACUACGGUCAGGGUUUCCCCUCUUUCCUCCGGAACAAAAUUUUUAUCUACCGUGGCAAGGAGUAUGAACGGAGGGAAGACUUCAACCUGAAGCUCCUCACCCAGUUUCCUAGCGCUGAGAAGAUGACCAGCACUGCCCCUCCAGGAGAGGAGAUCAAAUCUUCUCCUAAACAGUAUGUGCAGUGCUUUAUAGUGAAGCCUGUGAUGAACCUGCCACCUCAUUAUAAAGACAAACCUGUUCCUGAGCAGAUCUUAAACUACUACAGAGCAAACGAGGUACAGCAGUUCACACACUCACGACCAUUCAGAAAAGGAGAAAAGGACCCAGAGAACGAAUUUGCUACUAUGUGGAUAGAAAGGACAACCUACACGACAGCAUAUUCAUUUCCAGGCAUCCUCAAGUGGUUUGAAGUCAGACAGGUUUCAACGGAAGAGAUCAGCCCAUUGGAGAACGCCAUAGAAACGAUGGAGCUCACCAAUGAGAAAAUCAGCAACAUUGUCCAACAGCACGUCUGGGACCGGAGCCUUCCUGUGCAUCCUCUCUCCAUGCUCCUCAAUGGGAUUGUGGACCCGGCGGUCAUGGGGGGAUACACCAACUAUGAAAAGGCCUUUUUCACAGAGAAAUAUCUUCAAGAGCAUCCUGAAGAUCAAGAUAAAAUUGAACUGCUUAAGCAAUUGAUUGCUCUACAGAUGCCAUUGUUAGCAGAGGGAAUAAGAAUCCAUGGCGAGAAGCUGACAGAGCAGCUGAAGCCUCUGCACGACAGACUGACAGCCUGCUUCAAAGAGCUGAAGAAGAAGGUGGAGAAGCAGUACGGUGUAAUAACUUUGCCUCCCUCCCUGACCGAAAGGAAACCAAGCAGGUCAGGCUCUGUCGUGUUGCCCUACAUCAUGUCUUCCACGCUGAGACGGCUCUCUGUCACAUCUGUGGCCUCUUCUGUGGUCUCUACAUCUUCCACGUCAUCUGAUAGCACUUCCUCCAGGCCAGGUUCAGAUGGAUCUAUUCUGGAGCCUCUGUUGGAGAGAAGAAUAUCAACAGCUUCCAGAGCUGAAGAACUGCCCGUGAAAGAAGAUGGUGAUAACAGGAUUUGUAAACUGAAGCGGAAGGAAUGGAGUAUCAGCAAGUCCCAAGUUAUUGUGGAGAAGGAGCCAGAAAUGGAACUGACUUCCAAAAUGCAGAGCACGUCAGGAAAAGCUCAAAGGCCAAAGAGUCUUCAGUUAGGAGACAACAAGCUGACUUUGCUUCAGAGUUCUUCUCUCCAGCAGCCGACGCCUCUCAGCCCACCUCCCAUCACUCCCAAAACCCCGAGAACCCACAGUUUUCCCUCAUUGCAGUCGGAUGGAUUGCCAGCUGCUAGCCUGCAGAGCACCCCACCCCCACCUCCUCCCAAGAGCAAACCCUAUGAGAAUAGCAACCCAAGGAACUCUGUGGAGGUUGCUCCACCACUACCGAGCAGACGUGAAUCCAAACCUCCCCCUCCGCCCCCAAAAACCAGAAAAUCCAGUGUCCUCUCAUCAGAGCAAGGAUUGCAGUGAGGAUUAUAGACUUGCUUGUUUAACAGCAAGUACCUAGAGAGAGAUGGCUGCUUUCUCUUCACUGACGUGCUGGGGUUUUCUACCCUAAAGACUAUUGAUCUCAGUUGCCAUUCCAUUUACUUCCACUGAAGUUCUCCCUGGAAAAUAGCAAAAGGAACUCUGAGAGUAACUAUAUUCCCAACCUCUGAUUUACUUUUCCAAUAAUGAGACACUAAUUACAGAAGGGAAGAAGUCAGCCUACUGGAAUUCUUAUAUUAGCCUUGUCUGUCCUGAAUUUUUUCGCUGAUGCAAUUUCAGCGGCUCAUUCCUAAUGUAAAACUAUCACAGUAGUGAUUUGAAGCCAGUGCUUCACCGAGGUAAACCACGCCAGUAUGAGAUGUGUUCUGCAGUAUUUUCACAUGGGUUCAUUCCAGCUUUAUGCUAAAGCACAAAUCCCUCCUCCUGUUGCUGUAGUCAAGCCCUGAUUUGCAUGAAGUGAGACGGAUCGCAGCCGUGCAGCGUCAGGUGUUGGUGUGUGAUGUGUGGUCUCUUAAGAUUCGUGAUUGCAGGCAGAGACCUGAGCAUUGUGAGCAGGAUAAGAAACCUCUUUUCUGCUACUCAUCAUAUGUAUUGAAGAUGAAGUGCAGACGUUCUGCCUUCCCCAUUUCUGCUCAAGUGGUGGCAGUUGCUCACUCCCAGUGGAGAGUUUAGGUUUGCCAGUACUUAAUCAUAGUUUCACUGUUGGUUCUGGUUUUAACACUACGGAGCAGCUGAUAUCCCUUCCUUUGUUGUGUUGCUUACUUUAUUUUGCACCUGGGACAAAGGCUUCGUCUUCAUGCUUUUUAAAUAGGGUGUAGAAAGUGACUUUUCUCCUGUGAAUGUCUUAGAAUGAAUGGAGGUUGUGUUGAUACCAGCACUGUAUUGAUACCAGCAACUUGGGGAGGAUGGAGUGUGUACUGUAACACUUACUUUGGCUGACCAGAUCCUCACAAAUAGAAAUAAAUAUCAUCCUCCCUCUCCCCCACCCCAUUUAGGGCAAUACUUGCACUUUGUUUUGUAGCCUCCCUUGGUCUGAGUUGUUCACAGCCACUAGACUUUAAGGAACCACUUGGACCUGGGAUUUGUGGAAGACUUGACAAUCAACCACCACGCUUCCUGUUGCUUGGAUUAUUACAGCUCUGUAGCUUUUUUUGCCUUGGAGAACAAGAUAAUUAUGUUAUUUAUAAGUAUGUUAUUAAUCUGCUUAAUUAUUCUCUCUUAGUUAUUUAUUUCCUGCUCUCUCAGGAUGUCAACAAGUCUUUUCAUUUUAUUUAUUCUAAAGAAGAAAAAUGUCCUGAUCUUGGGUUUUAACCUUUAAAAAUUCCUGCCUUUCCUCAGCUCAGAUGGAGCACAAAUAUCUUUACUCCAUGUGGCCCAGAUGGGUUUUGUGCAGUGCUUAAGCUGGAAGGAAGUUUGAUUGAAAGUUGUCUUGCAGCGUGCAUUUCAGCACUGUUCUAGCACAGAAUUACCUUGAUCAUCCCAGCAAUAGCUUCAGCAACCCGUUCUUGCUGUGUGGAGCAGGACCUUCCUAAACUCUCCAUUUCAGAACUCAUUGCUUGUGAGGAACAUCACUGUUACCUUUUCAAGCAGCAUAAUUAUUUCUGAUACACCCCCCCAGAGUUGUCGCUGCCACUUGGUGCCACAUUUAUUUCAUCCAGCGAACAAUAUUGCUUGUUACCUGUCACUGUCAUUAAGCUCCUGAUUAUUGGGUAUAAUUUAUGGAGAUGCAUUUAAAUCCCUGCUGGGGAUGUUGCUCACAAGAUACCAUUUUUUUGUUUUGUUUUGCUGUGGCUUGUUUCUUUUCUUACAGCCCACUGCACCAAUCUUCUGCUCACGUGACUUAUGUGAGUUUUAUUGCCUUACUGAAAAACUCAAGUUGUUUGAGAUAGGCUUUAAUUAGGUUUAAACUGAUUUUCAGAUAAAAAGAAAGAAACCCUAUUCUGGCUUUGAGGACCAAAGUUGCCCUUUUGCUUGUUCUUAUGUGUUCCUUUGCCUUCAGUGUGACUCCAGUUAAGGAAACCUGCAGGAGCUGCAUUUAUUUUGCUGUGUGUAUGGCUCUGCAAACAGAUUGCACUCAUUAAAGGGUCAGAUCGGAUUCCCAUCACAGCAGGAUGGAGACGUCGGGGAAGUUGCACUGCAGUCACAGUUGUGCUCACAGCAGCUCACAUGCAAUUGUCUUCUGGGCUGUUGCCUUCUCAGGGGAAAUCUUUGAAACCUUUCUGGACAACCUGAGCAUGUUUCAGUGCCUCUGCUGUGUGUGUAGGACUUGUCAGCUCUGUGUUACAUUCCUGACCACAGAUGCUGCCUGACUGGAACACCACAGGGUUUUCUCAUCCUUCAUUUUUGUCCACUUCUCCCUCUUGUAAGCAGUAUCUCCCUUCUGCUGCUGUUGCACAAACUGAAGGAUCCUCUGAAGCUCUUCCCUUGAACAAGAACUUUUGUCUUCAGGUAGGGUGAGGUGUGAGUGAUAGAAACCUAUACCUUAACACCACCUUUUGUAAUUCAGUGCCUUGCCUUUGUAUCUGCCUGUUCCCUCAUUCUGAGGUGCUUUUCCUUUCCAAAGGAGGUUUGCUUUUAACUCCUUUGGUAAGGCAGCAGGAAGCCCAGCUAGUGGCUUCUCAUGGGCUGACAGCACAGUGAUCUGGUUUGGUCGAUUCGAUUCUAAAUGGCAUUUGAGUCAUAAUUGCCUGCUUUUCUGAUCUGUUUUAUUAACUUGAACUUGGAGAUGUACCUUGUGCAGCCAGUGGGUAUUUUUCCUGCAGCAGGAAGCUGGUCCAUGCAGAAAGGCCUGGGGGAAGCCUGACCUUGGGAAUAGUUCCUCGGUGUCCCUUUAUGCAAUGCUUCUGAACUUGAGGAUGUUUGGUUCUGCCUGCCAGUCAGUAUUACUGAUUGUGAAGAGUUCUGUUCUUACCUGAUACAAGUCAGCAGAGCCUCCACAGAGCUACAGAUGGGAUUUCUGUGCUGUGCCCGAGUGACGUGAGCCUUUGUUUGGGCCAGUUUUGGAAAACAGCAUUGUCCUCCGUGUUGGGUUUUUAAAAGCAAUUGGGCAUUUAAGGGUGUAAGCACAGGGCCUGGCUGGUUUUAAUUAAGGAGAAUUUAGUGCAAAAUUCUACCAGACCUCUGAUUUUAAAACUUUUUUUAACGAAAAUGUUCUGCUCUUUGCUACAAGUUCUGAUAUUUAACCUUCAGAGACUGUUUAAUAUCUCACUAACUCAUUUUCAAGAUGAGAAUCAGUGUUUCGCAUCACUCAAUGUCAUUGAAAGCAUAGGACUGAAAAUAGGAGUCCAAGACUGAUCCCUAAUGGCGAUCUCCACGCAGCAGAAGUGAAAGCAAACGGUGGCAUUUGUGCCCAGCUCCUUGCUUGGGAUGAGAUCGAGUUCCAUGUGCAGCCUGCGGAGGAGACGAGAUCCGAAUCCCAUCUCAGAUCCACGCUGUCCACAGCUAGUGGGGAAUUUCAAGUCACAGAGAGGAUCUUUUUUUUUCCCUUUGGAGAAAUAUGCUCAACACUUGCUUUCUGGAGCUUGUAAUUAAAACUCGUCACGCUGUGAUAAAUUCCUUCAAAAAUGUUACAGGCUCUAAUCCGCAUCAGGGAAGAGAGAAUCAGACAGCUUUCCAUUUCAGUGGAUUAUUGGAUUAGGAAAGGACACCGAUUCCACUGAGAACAGCUCUGUGAUCUGCAGCAGCAGAAAUGCCAUCGUGUGCAUGUAGCAGUUGUUGAGAACCUGUGUCCAGCCCCCACCACGCUGUGCAGCCCACGAGCAGCAGGUUGAACUUGCAGUGAUAAUGGCUCGGAUUUCCUCUCCUUAUUUAUUUUUAUAAUUGUAAAUGGAAAUAAGAAGUUUUGAAAUGUCUAUAACUUAACUGUAACCUUUUUCUCAAAUGUAAAAACAUUCCUGACUACUACUGGCUACCAUUAUUAUUUUUUUUUGUUUCUUUUAAUUAAAAACUUCUCUAUCUUAUGUUUACCACUGCAGAGUACAUUAUCCAGUGGAAUGGCAUGAGCUUUUCCUGGGACUCAGUCAGGAAAAUCAAACCACACAUGGAUGUGAUUUCAUUUCUUGCGCAGUAGGAGGUGGGCUGUUCAGAAGCACGUGAGGUUCACCCGAUUCUGCUCCUGUUCAUGUUCUCAUUAAUCUUCACAGUGCAUUGCAGAGUGUAUUUAACUGGUUUUGAUGUGAGGAUGGAUAUCCCAGUUGGAGCUGAGUGAGGUUCCUGGCGUGGUACAACCCCAGCAUCCAUGGUGUCAAUGGAUGUAGUCGUUCCCUGUUGGUAUUGUAGAGAUUUUAAUGACAUGAGGAACCACAGGACGUGUUUGUUUUGAGUUCAGGAGAACAUGGGUGUUGUGUGACACGUCCUUGUUAACAUUUAGAGAUGCUGCGUGUGAUGGUUUAGUUAGGAAACAGCCACCUCUACAGACUGCAAAUCCUUUUUUCCUCUUUUCAUCCUCUGCAGUUGAAGCAGCAGAAAGUAUGGCUUUUAAACUGGCUCUGAAGGAAGGGUAGGAACUAAACGUGGGGAAAGGAGGCUGCAUCUCUCUGGGUAAAUGGCAUAGGAUUCACUGUAAAGCAAGGUGUAUAAUUUUUUUUUUUUUUAAUGCAUUAACUAUUGUAAAGUUUGUAAAUACCUUUUUAAUAUAAAUGUAGUUUUUAUGUGUGAACCAGUAAAAAAAAAAUGAAGCAUACAGAAGUCUUUCAUGUGUGGUCUACUGAUGUGUGAGCAGAAUUCCAUUCCAGCAGUAAAAUUAUUUGUAAUUCGUAA